AUGACCCGCUUUUCAGCCCUGGUCGCUUGCGGCCUUGCAUUAUUUCAGCCUUUGGCUCUUGCCAGCGCGCUUCUUCCUCGUGAUGGCUACCAGUACUACACACGACACAACCUGACGGUUCAGCAAGUACAAAGCGAGCUGGGUCCCUUGCUAUCACAGAAUGCCAGCAUCUUUGGGCCCAAUGAUACUCGAUGGGAAAAUGCCACCGAGAGAUAUCAGAUGUACGCUGUGCCCGACAUUAAGAUGGUUGUCCGACCUGGAAUGGAAGACGAUGUGGCAAUAGUUGUGAAAUAUGCCAAUCGCAACAGCAUCCCGUUCAUGGCCAAGAAUCGUGGCCACGCAUUGACUGCCACGGUUGGAGCGUUCUCAGGUAUCCAGAUCGACAUGACCUCUUUGAACCAGAUCAAUUAUCAGCCCGAUAUGAAAACAGCUUGGUUCCAGGGUGGUACUUAUGACGACCAGGUCAUGGUUGAGCUUUGGGACAGAGGAUAUGUUGCAACCACUGGAAGCUGUAGCUGUGUUGGCAUGAUGGGCCCUGGUCUCGGUGGAGGCCACGGGCGCUACCAGGGACUGUACGGUCUGAUCAGUGACAACUUGGUCAACCUCAAUGUUGUGCUCGCCGAUGGAACAAAACUUCGAGUCAAUGAGAGUACCAACCCGGACCUAUGGUGGGCCAUGCAAGGCGCUGGACACAACUUUGGCAUCGUCACCAGCUUUGAGCUCAAGAUCUAUCCCGCGAACAUUGAAUCGUGGUACUACCGCAACUACGUCUUCACUCAGGAGCAGCUCGAGCCACUGUUCGAGGAGCUCAAUGACUUCCACGACAGGGGUGCUCUACCAGGUGUCGUUGGCGGUGGCUAUGUCAUCUACGGUAUGAACAAGACCGUCGAUGAGAACAAGGCCAUUCUUUUCGCAUCCUUCAUCUACGCUGGUGCCCAGGCCGACGCCGAGCCAGUUUUCGAGCGCUUUGACAAGUUCGAGUACGUCGACAGACAGGAAGGCAAUGUUCCGUUCCCCCAGGUCCCCGACGUCCAGGGGUCUGGACUGCGCGACCCCCUCUGCGCCGGAGGCAAGACGCACAUCACGACUACUGCCGGUCUUCAGGAAUACAACGUCACUGCGCAGCGCCAGAUCUACGAGCUUUACAACCAGAAGAUUGCGGAGCAUCCCGAGCUCGAGGCCACCCGUGUCGUCAUGGAAGGCUACUCUGUCGAGGGAGUCUUGAAGCACGACCCCAAGAAGUCUUCCUUUGGCCACCGUGACGAUUAUCUCACCACAUACUUUGACGUCGAGAACCCCGCCGACUACGGCCUGCAGGACUAUGCCCUCGAGUGGGCCAAGGAGACCCGGGACCUGUGGAACCUGGGCCAGCCCGAACCCCGUCGCAGCCAGCCCUCGACCUAUGUCAACUACGCCCUCGGCGACGAGUCCCUGGAGAUGAUCUACGGCUGGGAGCCCUGGCGCCUACAGAAGCUCCGCGCCCUCAAGGCCAAGUACGACCCCCUCAACACGUUCCGCUACUACAACCCCAUCCCACCGGCGACCAAUCAUUAUUAG